AUGAAAAAAUUUUCAAUUUCCUGGAAGACUAAAAAAAAAACUUUUUUUUUUCUUUCUCUUUUUUUUUUUGUCUUUCUCUUUUCUUUUUUUUUGUCUUUCUCUCUUUUUUUUGUCUCUCUCUCUUUUUCUCUCUCUCUUUUUGUCUCUCUCUCUCUUUUUUGUCUUUCUCUCUCUCUCUUUUUUGUCUUUCUCUCUCUCUCUUUUUUGUCUUUCUCUCUCUCUCUUUUUUGUCUUUCUCUCUCUCUCUUUUUUUUCUCUUUCUCUCUCUCUUUUUUUUUUGUCUUUCUCUCUCUUUUGUCUCUUUUUUUUGUCUUUCUCUUUCUCUCUUUUUUUUUUUGUCUUUCUCUCUCUCUUUUUUUUUCUCUUUCUCUUUGUCUCUCUUUUUUUGUCUUUCUCUCUUUUUUUUUGUCUUUCUCUUUUUUUUGUCUUUUUCUCUCUCUUUUUUCUCUCUCUCUUUUUUUGUCUUUCUCUCUCUUUUGUUUUUUCUUUCUUUUUGUCUCUCUCUCUUUUUUGUCUUUCUCUCUCUCUCUUUUUUGUCUUUCUCUCUCUCUCUUUUUUGUCUUUCUCUCUCUCUCUUUUUUGUCUUUCUCUCUCUCUCUUUUUUGUCUUUCUCUCUCUCUCUUUUUUGUCUUUCUCUCUCUCUCUUUUUUGUCUUUCUCUCUCUCUCUUUUUUGUCUUUCUCUCUCUCUCUUUUUUGUCUUUCUCUCUUUUUUGUCUCUCUCUUUUUUGUCUUUCUUCUCUCUCUCUUUUCUCUCUCUUUUUUUUUUCUCUUCUCUCUCUCUUCUCUCUUUUUUUGUCUUUCUCUCUCUCUCUCUCUCUUUUUUGUCUUUCUCUCUCUCUCCCUCUGCAAAAGAAUAA